AUGGUGAUAUUUCACAUUGACUUGCUUGGAGAGAUCUUGAAAUUUCUAGAGCCUAAAGAGCUAGCGUUAACACUCAGGACUUCAAAAUCAUUUUAUACGUAUGGCACUAUCGAUUCAAUAUGGAAGGAUUAUUGCACUUUACUUUUCCCUUACUAUACAAAUGGAAAUUAUUAUAACUUUAUUGUGACGGAAAUAUGAAAUUACCUGAAAAUUGUAGAAGCCUUUCAUCAAGUGAUUUCGACUGUUAAAUCACAGUUUCCUUCUCAUUCUGUGUAUAGGAGUUUAGAAGAAAGAGGAAAUAGAGAUAUGGCGAUGUUUUAUAAAAAUAUCUAUGCUAAACAAGAUUUUGAGAUAAAUCCGGAGAAUAUACUGAAAGAAUUUAAAGAAGAGACAGGAGUAGACAUGCCAACUGAUUUAUAUCAGAUUUAUGUGACUUAUGAUGGCCAAAAAUAUCCUGGAUUUUUCGGAACCUAUAGAUUUUAUGACAAUCUCACAUCUUUAUCAUUUUUGCCACUAAAAAAAGCAUUGAUGAAUACUUCAGUCCCUUUAUUUUGUCUAGGAGAAUCUCCAUAUUCAGAUCAGCAGUUGCUCUAUGACUUAACAGGAGAACUUGGAAAAGGGAUUGGUGCAUUAUAUUAUAGCAUGGGCUCACAAAAUACUUAUUUACACCUUUCUUCUAAUUUAGCAGAAUAUUUGCAUUGUUAUGCAGGAAAAAUAAGUUCUGGACAGAUAGAAAUUGAGUCAAAAUUAAUCAAUGCAUUUGAAUGAAAUGAUUGCUGCAGUGAUGUAACAACUGAGGGCAUCAGAAUUACAGCAAGAAGCAUAUUCGUCCCUUAUCUUAGCAGCAGAGAAAGGUAUGCAUGGGCUUACCAAAUUGGAAUAGAGCCAAAUAGACCUUCACAAAGAUGGCGGCUAGUGACGAGAACUUGAAAUAUUACUGAUAAUAAUGGAAGAGUUGAUACUGUAUAUCGUCAGCCAGGCGUCAUAGGACUCUUCCCUGAGGUGUAUCAAGGCUCUAAAAAAGUCAUCUACGAGUCCUGUUGCAUUCUUGCGACCCCAGGGGGGACAAUGGAUGGCUAUUUUACCUUUGAAAACAUGGACGACGAGUCCAUCACUAUUGACGCUACAGUCGGAGUUUUCAGACAUCAGCUGCCUCCUGGAUCCUCCUUUGUGACCUAUCACCACGGAUUGCCAUAA